UGCUGGUUAUGCUUGUCUCCUGAGCAACACAGGAAUCCUAACACAUGUGGAUGUUUAAGAGACAGUCUCAGUCCCACGCACACCGUAGCUCACGGAAGAGGAACGUAGACAAGGCUAGCAAGGGAGAACAGUCAGAAGGAUAGUCAUGUUCUUAAGAAGUGGGAGUGUUCAGAGAAAACUCAGAGAACACUUUCUUCUCACUUGAGCCUCCAGAACAGCUGGAACUGGGCUGAGCAAGAAAAGCAGAGAAACAGAAACAGAAAGAACAAGAAGGGAAAAGCAACUUAAGGCAUAGACAUAAAACAGAAAUUGGACUGAUAUUACUGUUUAGAUGUGAAUUUGUGGCAUGUUUCUUAACUGACUUUCAGAUGCUCGUCAACAUAAAAUGCGCUUCAUACGUCAACAGAGAGAAUGAGGCUCUAUAAUGCUCACCUGACUCUUUGAAUGGGCCAUGGAGGACAUGGUUGUGCCUGACGAGAGCAAUGCUAUGGCUAAUGACUCACAUCUGAUGGUCAGAUCAGACCAGGAAUGUAAAUCCCAACCUCAACGGAGGCCCACCAAUGUGCUCACAUCAGUCAUUUCCUCUACUCUAAGCUCCCACACCCAGCUACAUCAACAUGCCUUUGCAGAUUCAGUCCUGCAGUCCGAGGUGAAGGCUCACUCAGAUCGCAAGGCAAUGUGGAAACAACAUUUUAAAAAGAAAGAAGACAGGAGACUGGUACCUGGGUUCUACAUGUCAUCAUACUCUCACACAGGUGUCUGGGGAUUUAGCAGCAGUGAUGAGGACUUGGAAGCUCAUGCUGAGGAUUUAGAUAUCCACACUGGUGAAAAUAAAGGUAUUGUCAUGUCCAUAGGACAUGGUGAAACUGUAUUUCUGGAGAACCUCACAGACGACAUCUGCAAUGCCAAAAAAGAUAAACCAUGGACUCCACCUGAGGAUCUUGCCAAGCAAGAGCCAUUGCUAUCAAAUGGAGGUGAUGUUUCUGGAAGAGAGCAAUCUAAAAGUGGGGUCAUGCCUGGUCACAUGGCUCUGAGAACAGAUUCCAGCAUUCAGGGAGAGAUUAAACAUUCAGACAGCAGGCAUGACCUGGGCCUGGCAGUAGCAACAGGAAGUGAACUGUGGCAUGCUGAGAGUCUAGAGAGCAUCUGUAGCAGUGGAAGUUCUCUUUCACUUGCAGAGAGAGUGGAGAUAAACCGAACCAUCCUCAGACAGAUGCUACAGAAAGCCCAAAGGAAGAGCUGUGAGGGGCAGCAGGCUAACAUAAAUGAUCAGAGGAUGGAGAAUACACAUAGCAGAGGUGGACUGAAUGACAGUGACUGGGAUUCUGGGAUUUCUCUUCAAGACAGUGAACAAAGUCAGAGGCCCUUUGUCUCGGGAGCUGAGUUGCCGCUCAGUCCUCGCCAUAAACAGGCCAAACAACUGCUGGAGCGUGCUCGCAUGAAAGCCCGCUCGAACCCACUCAAAGCCGACCACACCAUCCUACCCGUCCAGAGGGACAAGCCGGAGCUGCGUUCCUGGGUCGGCGCAGCUGUGCAGCAGGCUCCUCUUGCGGGUACGGAACGGGUGGUGGUUGGCUCAGGAAACCUUAGUGACUCCUCAAGCAGUGACUCGACUGGAGGCUCCCGUCGACAUCGUACACAUGGGCAGUCUCCGACACGUGUACGUUUUCAAGAUGAGUCAGAAAAAGAUGCUGAAGUGCGUUACUUGGAGCGGCAGCGCAGACGAGCUGGAGAGAGGGCACAGGGAUUACUGGUUGCCAAACCUAGUUUGGUGACAUAUAUCAACAGCCAGAGACCUGAGGACAAAUACAAAAUCAAGAGGGAUCAGGAGAACUUACCCGAUGCUAAUAUUUACAGACCUGAGACUAUGAGUCAACAAUGGAACUCUUGUGGAACAAUAUUGGAUGGAGAUUUUUCAGAUCCCCAAUGCUUUCAAAAGCAGCAAUCUCCUGCUAAUGGAGAAACUGAGGGCAGGAUGGUACCAUGCUGGGUUGCACCCACGUUGCCUAACCGCCUGGUGCGAAUAGAGCAGAUUAAGGAGACUUACAUAGGUGCCACGAGCCCUGUCAUUGUGGAGAGUGAUGGCACACACUGUAGAGCCUCAGGCAGUGCGGGUAAUGGUAGAGGGACUUUACAGAAGCAAAAGAGAAAAAGUCGUAAGAGGGAUGGCAGUCCUGAGACGAAAGCCACUGCUGCCAAUGGGCUGAAAACAUCAGGAUCACCAAGCAUUUCCAAUAAUACAUCUGUGUCCAAUGGAGCUGUAGCUCUACCCCCAAACCCAUAUGCCUUAGAGUCUCUACAGCUAAAGGUGGAGGCUAGAACAUGUAAAAAUCUUGCUAACUUUAAAGACUGCGUGCCUUCGGUGGCCUCCAGAGGAGAAGUGCCUGGAGCUCAGUCAGUUCCCAGGCUCCCUCAGCCUAUUGCACCACCUCUCCAGUCCAAAAAUUCUGCACUGAAUCUGGAGAGUCCCAGCAGCCAGAAAGUCAUGCCUUCUCAACACCAUCAUCUCAUGCACAUAGACACUGUUCAGGAGGGUGGGGAGCAGUUACAUUUGGAGGUUAUUCAACAAGGAAUCCCUGAUACUCCAAAAACUACAACAAAAUCUAAAAACUUUAUGGUGAAGGAACUAGCAGUUAUCAACAGUGAACAUGGCCAGAGAACCAUACCAGCAGACCUACAUGGUUCCCAGCAAGCAGGUUUGCCACAGGACCAAAUCAGUGUGGAGGUUGAAGUCAGCACUGCCAAAACAUCUGUGAAUAAUGGACACGUUGAAGGACCUAUCAGGGUCGAGCUUCAAAGGGAGGACAAACCAAGACUUUCAGUAAACUUGACCCUGGAUGCUGAACAAAGAGAGGGUAAAGCUCAGCAGGCCCUGCGCCGCUUCUUUUCAGCCAUGGGUCUUAAUGCAAAAGGACGGCUUGGUAAGGGUCACUCCAGCAGCAUGGAACAGCUUGGCCCGCCACUCAAACCCAGAACAAACUCUUCAGAAUCCUCUGGCCACCCACUAAAGAAAGCACCAUCUCUCCAGAACCUCCGCCUGGUGUCUCCCUUCUCUCAGCUGAAGAAAUCCUCUUCAGUGCAGAAUCUCCAUUCUCCCAAGAGGAAGCCUGAGCGCUCUAAUAUGUAUACACCAGGGGAACAGCCCUGUAGCCCCGCUCUCUCCAGGGGUCUCCAGCGUGCACUGAGUGUAGAGGAUGUGGGCAGCCCCAGUGCUAUGCGAUCAGUGGGUAGAAUUGCUCAGGCGUUUCCUGAUGGAACGUUUCUUUUGGAGCUCAACCGGCCUCCAGACAAGCCCUUUGGCUUCCUCAUCUCCCGUGGGAAAGGCAGACCAGACUCAGGUGUGUACGUGGAGGACAUGGGAGACACCAGUACUCAGAAGCUGUAUGCUGGACUGCUGGGAGUGGGUGAUGAAAUCCUGGAGGUGAAUGGGGAGAAGGUAGCAGGGCUGAGUUUGGAUUUAGUCACCCAACUGAUGGUCCAGAACAGUACAGUGUCCAUCCGUGUGCUUCGGCACCGACCACCUCACCAUUAACACCGCAGAUUAAGUUACAGUAACAGUAUGUGGUGUACGUAUUGAUCUGCUGGGCUUGAUCAUAAACACCCAUGUUCUGGCUCUGAUCUCUUGAGCUUUACUGCUGACAUCAUGCUUGAAUGAAUACUGUAGCUAGGCUGUGGCUUGUGUACUUACUAGAAAUGACAAAGGAAGUUUUUUUUAGCAUUACCAAAACACAGAUAAUGUCACGUUACUCUUUUUUGACUGCAUUUUGAGGAAGUGCAAUUUUUUUUCCUCCAAUAUUACUGCACAUAUCUCUAGUGCGGUAUUUUUUUUCUCUCAGUGGAUUUCACUUCUUUCUGCUAUUCUUUCCAACUCAGAGUUUUUUGAGGAUUCUCCAUCUUAUCCUCAAAGACAAACCAUUUUAUUAUGAUUAAUCAAAUCAAAUCUGUAUUCCAGUCUCAAUAAUUAUAACAUGGCCACACCAAAUCAAAGUAAGGUAUUAAAUAAAGCUAGCUGACUACUGUUACACCAAGGGGCUGUAUUUGGAGUUGUUCCUGUCACUCUACAAAAUGAAGUAUUGAAUAGAUUAAAGUAUUACAUUAAAGAUAGAAAAGCAUACAGCACAGAAAACAUUCUUGUGUUUCAGGUAAAAUCAGGUUAAAAGUAAAAUCACACAAGUAUUAGAUAAAAGUUCAGCAAUUACUAAUGAUCUCAGUGUUGGUAAAGUACAAUAACAGAGAUUUGUCUAUUAUUUUUACUAACAUAUUUCUAUUAAAUCCUAAGAUUUUGAUUUCUUAUGGGAUUGUAUCUGACACACCUUUGGCACAGCACAGACUGAAUGGUCACUUGGAUGAGAAAAGGGCCUGCAGUAAAGUGAGGCUGAUGUUAGCUACAUACUGUAAAGGUAGCACACACAGAGGCAUUGAAAAUAGAACUGAUUGAGCUCUUGGGUAGCACAACAGAACAGUGUGUGGGUUUGAAUAUCAUCAGUCACUGCACUGAAAUGAUCUGGAUAUCAUCAAACACCGAACACGCCACGUGUGCACUUCCUCAGGUGCUUGAUUUGAAAAUGUCAGAGUGUCCUUGAGGAUUAAGUUGGAAACCAGGAAUUUUAAAUUGACUGUUCGCAUGAAGGAAUUUUUAUUUCAGCAGUGCAAUUUAAUUCACAAAUCCCUGACUAGAUGCAAAGGACAUCUUAUGGUAUAAUUGCUGAAUCAGAUUUCUCACUGUCUGUUAUUCAUUAAAACAGUAAAGAAAACAGGAUCUCUAUUAGACAUCAAGAUUGGUUCUAGAUCCACACUGCUGCUCUGAAACGUUUCAUAAAUUAACCCCCAGGUUAAAAAGUAAAAUCAAACCUCAUGAGUCUUGUGCAAUGAGAUACUACAGGGUGAUGGGUUGCCUUUCCUUACUUGAAACUAUUUGCCAAAAUAUAUAUAUAUAUUAUAUAUUAUAUAUAUAUUAAACUCAGAUAAACAAACAAUUUCUCAGUCAAUAUCGUUUCAGUUACGUAUAAAGGAUUUCACAUGAUAGUAGCAUGCUUCUUUUCCUCAGUGGGGUUAGGGUUAGGAAUUGGUAAAGCAGUGAAGGUCAGAAUGAACCCGCCAUAAAUUAGAGGUUUGCAUUGUAGGUGUUUGAGCGGUGGAUUAAAACAGUGAAGCAGACUGAAAUGAAAGUAGCUAAGUGCAGUCUAAAAAUAUUGAGAUGAAGCCGGUUUCAGUCAACGGCACAAAACGACUCUGGGAAGUUUUUGUACAUGUUCUUUUGCUUUAAUGGGCCAUGGGCACUUCGAUUUUAGUUUGCAGAAAGAGGAGAGAGGCAUGUGCUUUACUUUUUUAAAUCCAAUUUGUGCCUGAUCCUAAAGGAAAUCUUCCAGCAGUCAGUUACUUUAAAGCUGAAUAAUAUUUUAAAUCCCUUGUAGUGAAUUCCUGUCAACAGUGCUGUGUGAAAAAGCAUUUUUGAAAUUACGUGUUGCACAUCACUGUCCAAUCACAAGUAGUAUGUUCGAGUAGAGUCCGAACAGCAGCACAUGCCAUUGCAAAAACUCUUAUCCAGACUCGAUUUUACAGCCUCCCAGACACUGCUGUAGAUUUAUUUAAAAAAAAAUUUAUUUUUUUUUGCUUUAACCCUGGAAAAGUUUACCUUUAAUGGUUAAUAUGACUAUUCAGAACUAGAUGUCACACAGCCUGGGCCAUAAAAACACGCAUGGUACCCAAGUUCAAAAAAUAUAGGCUCCCAUUGUCCCAAAAGAACAAUUCGAGUGCCCAGUUGUUAGCUUUUAUUUUUUCUUUUGUUGAUAACAUGCACAUUUCUCACAAUGCAUACACAAUGAAAAAUGAAAUACCAAAAAAGUAUUAUAUCACUUACUUUAACUUCAGAACUGGAGCAAAAACACAACUGUUCUGACUGCAAUAUGAAAACAGGAAGUUAGAACAGAGCUGCAAUACUGACUCCAGAAUGCAUAGUAAAUUAUUUAGGCGCUUCUUUCAGUGUUAUGACACAUGUACCAUGACUUUCAUUGUGUUUUCCUUUGUGUAUUUAUAUUUACUGUCUUAUGAAAUAAAAUAAUUGGAUACAAUGCA